AAAACAAAACAGUUCCCAUGCUGUGACAUUAGUUACUUUCGCUUCGAUCAACUAACCAACUCAGCCUCAGAAUGAUGAAGUUCAUGUGCAUUUGCAUCUGCGCCAUUGCUGCCGCUUCGGCCAGUCCCUAUGGAGGAUCCCGCGGUGGAUACGGUGGUGCCCCAGUCGGUGGCUAUGCCUACCAGGUGCAGCCUGCUCUGACCGUUAAGGCCAUCGUUCCCUCGUACGGCGGCGGCUACGGUGGACACCACCAGGGCGGCUAUGGCGGCAGCUACCAGUCGGUUCCUGUUGCUGCCUACAGCGGCUCCGGCUCUGGCUACCACGGCUCCGGAUACGGCGGUGCCCCGCCAGUAGACCGAGAGGCCAUUGCCCUGGCCAAGCUCGCUUUGGCUGCUCCCAGCGCCGGCCGUCCUCUGGUCUGGAAGGAGGGACCCCGCUAUGUGGAGCGCUCUUAUGAGCCCAGGGCCUAUGGACACCGUCAGGAGUACGCUCGCGGUGAGGAGGCCAAGGGUGCUUCUGCCGCGGCUGCCUCCAGCUCCGUGGCUGGCCAGAAGGGAUACAAGAAGUCCGCCUAUUAAGCGGGAAACCCAAAAGAACAGUGAUCCAGUUACUUACCUAAGCAACUAGGCCUAAAUAAUAAAGCCAAGAAACAUCAAGACUUAAACUG